AUGACUUUGCCCGCGGCGGAUGGCGAUCCCUUGGUCUACGCCAAAACUGAUAACUUACGGGCUUGCGUAAACUUACUUAAGGCAGUACACUUUCGUGAUAUUUCAACAAUCUUUAUCUCCAAAAAUGGGGUGAAGGUAACCGUCGAAGAUGCAAAAUGUGUCCAAGGAAGCGCUUUCAUGCAGUCGGAAAUGUUUCAGGACUACAGGAUUACGCAACCUAUUAUUGCAUUUAAGAUAAAUUUGAACGUUCUACUCGAUUGUCUAUCUGUAUUUGGUGUCAACAACAACAACUCAUUAACUUCGGUGAUCCUCUGCUACAAGGAUUAUGGUGGCACCCUAGAUCUACUUCUUGAAGACAGUGGCGUAGUUGCAGAGUGCAACAUAAAGACCAUGGAUGCCCUCGAAGUACUCGAUUUCGACUUCACCAGUAGUCAACUUAUCAGCAAAGUCAUCAUGAAGCCCGAAUGCAUGCGAGAGGCCUUCUCGGAGCUGGACGUAACUAGUGACGUACUCGAAGUCGCUAUCAUUCCGCCUACACUUCCACAACCACGUCUGCGACUCACCACCUACGGCUUUGCAGGCACGACACACUACGAUUUCCCUCGCGACUCAGACCCCGUCGAGGUGUUCGAGUGCUCCACUUCGGAGCCCUGUGUCGCGCGCUACCGCCUCUCCCUUCUUCGUCCCUCCACAAACCGUGCCUUAGCCCUCUCUUCUCGCAUCUCGUUGCGCAUGAAUGACCGCGGCUUCCUCUCGUUGCAGUACAUGAUACAAGCUGGGAGCAGCGACUCAACCUCCUCCUUUGUUGAAUUUUUUUGCGUUCCUGAUGUCAACGAGCCGGAUGAAUGUGGCUUCGUGAACGCUGAUACAGUGGCACAGCUUAGGGGUGGCGCCUCGUAA